AACCGGCGCCGAAUUAUUUUUUUUCCCGGGCAUCAAGCUUGUUUCACAAUCGUUUGGAAUACAAAGGAUUAAAUUUUAUUUAUUAAUUUGCUGUUGCAUCAAUUUAUUUUUCAGUUUUUUGUGUAAACUACAGUCUCUGUGUUAUAAUCAAAGGUACAGUUUACGUAGUUCAAUUUUGAAAAGAUGUCCAGCAAGAAAGGGCGAAAGUCAAAAUUAUCAGACUCUGACUCUGAUUCUGGACCAGAUGAUCGCAAUCCUCCUGCUAAAAAAAGCAAGAAUGAAAAGCCUGCUGCUGCUGCUGCUGCUGCUAGCACCAGUGAUGAUGGUGAUUUAAUUAAGCUAUCGAAGUAUAGAUAUGUCAGUGUCAGAGAAUUUCGAGGGAAACUGAUGGUGGAUAUCAGAGAGUAUUAUGAAAAAGACGGUGAAAUGAAACCGGGUAAAAAAGGCAUUUGUCUUAAUAUGGAACAAUGGAAUGCACUUAAAGAACAAAUGGAUAACAUUGAAGCUGCCAUCAAGAAAUAUUAAAGUGUAAAAAAAAAUGUCAUUCUUUGUAAUUAAUAUUUGUUCUAUGUUUUGAGUAAUAAGAUUUUGGUUGUUACUAAUAACAUUAAAAAUAUUCAUAUUAUA